AACACAACUCCCAAACAAUAUCAAAAUUUCUCACACUUAUGCAACAUCAUUCAUCAUAUGAUAGUAGGGACCCAUUAAUAACAACAUUGACCAGUCAUUUUCAUCAAAAAUUUCCCAACUAGAAAACAACAAAAAAAUUAUCAUGAUGAAACAAAAUAGGCACUAGUGGCAACAUUGUAAUUAAACACAACAUAAAGACCUAUAAUAAUAAGGUUCUCAUAUUCUCUUCUUCUUCAUCUAACCCAAACCUCAAAACAAAGCUUUUAUUUUUGUCUCUUUUUUUUUUUCUCUAUCUUAUUUCUUUUCAUUUUUUUAUCAUUUUUUUUUUCUUCUUACAUUGUGUUUUGACCGUUGCUUUUUUUGUUAACGUUUUCUCUGUUCACACACUCUUUCACUUUUCUUCCUCUCUCUCUCACUGAUUCCUUCUACACUCUGUCAUUCAUCAAAAGCACUGUUUUGUUCCUGUUCCAGAAAAAACACCAUUCUUAGAUUUGGGAAUUAUUUAUGAAUCUAGUGAAAUAUAAAGAAGGGUUCUUCUUUGAUUUCAAUUUCAAUGCAAAGAUAGGAUAUUAUUAUUCAUAGAGGGGUGAAGUAAGAAAUGGGAUGUUCACAAUCGAAGCUAGACGAUGAAGAGUCGGUUCAGCUUUGUAAAGAUAGAAAAAGGUUCAUCAAACAAGCUGUUGAGCAAAGAACUCGGUUCGCAACUAGUCAUAUAGCUUAUAUUGAAUCUAUGAAAAGAGUUUCCGCUGCUCUUCGUGAUUAUAUUGAAGGUGACGAGCCUCGGGAGUUCUCUUUAGACUCGGUUAUUACACCGCCUUUUACGCCUGUGAAGAAGAGAACUAACCGUAGCAUUGGCAAUGGUAAUAGCAAUGGUAAUGGUAAUGACUUCAUUCCUAUAUCGGCAAAAUCUUUCACACCAUCGACUAUUGAGUUUGGAGUUGGACCAAAUUCUAAUUUGAGAAUGAAUUACUUUAGGCCGAGUGGUAAUCCGGUAAUUUCAGUUGAGGAAAGAGCUCCGGCACCUGAAACGGUUCGAAUUGAAACGUAUUCACCAAUGCAGCAGCAUUAUGGCAUGGAUGGUUAUUUUACAAUGCAAUCACCGCCUAUGAAUCCUUCGAUUUUUCCUUAUUCUCCUCCUAAUGUUAGGUCUAAUAUCCCUCCACCUUCACCUCAAAAUCCUCAAUGGGAUUUCUUUUGGAACCCUUUUUCGUCGUUUGAUUACUAUGGUUAUCCAAGCCGAAGUAGCCUCGAUCAAACUGGUAUCGAUGAUGAAUAUCGAGAACUAAGACAGGUUCGAGAAGAAGAGGGAAUACCGGACCUUGAAGAAGAUGAAACUGAACAAGAAGAUUAUGUUCGGAAGAGAAAUGUAGUAGAAGAAAGAACAAGAAAUGUAGUAGAAGGAAGAACCAGAAAUGUCGUAGAAGGAAGAACCAGAAAUGUUGUAGAAGAAAGAACUAGAAAUGUUGUAGAAGGAAGAACUAGAAAUGUCGUAGAAGAAAGAACUAGAAAUGUAGUUGAAGAAAGAACUAGAAAUGAUGUAAAAUUCUCCAAAGAAGAAGUCGUUGUUGAAGAUAUUGAUGACGAUGAUGAGGAAGAGGAGGAUGAUGAAGAGUGUGAAGAAGGGGGAACAGACGAUGAAACCGAAACAGAAACCGAAAUCGAGCACGAUGCCAAGGAUUCACAACAAGUCCAUGGCAAUGCAAGUUUUGAAGUAUCGAAAAAUCAAGCGGCAGGUCAUAUUGAAUCCAGCCAUAGAGAAAUGGCAAUUGGUAAACAAGAAGCCAAGGAAGAGAUGGCAGGUUUUACCGUUUAUGUUAACCGAAGGCCAACCAGCAUGGCAGAAGUUAUCAAUGAUCUUGAAGCUCAGUUCAAAACUGUGUGCAAUGCAGCUAAUGAUGUCUCCGUUUUGUUAGAGUCUAAGAAAGCUCAGUAUUUAUUAACAUCUCAUGAACAUUCAGCAUCAAAAUUAUUGAACCCUGUCGCUAUGUUCCGGUCAGCUUCUUCGCGCUCAUCUUCGUCAAGAUUUUUAGCGAAUUCUUCAAGCACUAGGAUGGAAAGUUAUGAGGGCAGUAAGGAUAUCUCAGAUGAACAUUGUAGGCUUUCUGGUAGUCAUCAAUCUACAUUGGACAAAUUGAAUGCAUGGGAGAAGAAGCUCUAUGAGGAAGUCAAGGCUGGAGAACGAAUCCGAAUCGCUUACGAGAAAAAAUGCAAGCAACUAAGCAACUAUGAAGUAAAAGGAGAGGACCCUUCUGCAGAUAAAACAAGAGCAGCCAUUAGAGAUCUAGAUACUCAGAUAACAGUUUCAAUACACUCAGUUGAAGCUAUUUCCCGGAGAAUCGAAACUCUAAGGGACAAAGAGUUGCAUCCCCAACUUCUUGAAUUAGUACAAGGGCUUGAAAAGAUGUGGAAAGUGAUGGCAGAAUGUCAUCAAACACAGAAGAGAACCUUAGAUGAGGCUAAGAUUCUUCUAGCUGGCACACCUUCUAAAUUACAUUCCAGAAGACAACAACAGUCUUCCAUGUCAAUGACCGAUCCAAAUAGGCUGGCACGAUCAGCCUCAAAUCUCGAAACCGAGUUACGAAACUGGCGAAACACCUUUGAGUCAUGGAUCACUUCUCAAAGAUCCUAUAUUCAAGCACUAACAGGAUGGCUUCUCCGGUGCGUGAGAUCCGAACCUGACGACGUAACAAAGUCACCAUGCUCUCCUCAUAGGUCAAGCAGCACUCACCCGUUAUUCGGACUCAUUGUUCAGUGGUCGAGGCGUUUAGAUGCCGUACGCGAAAAGGCAGUGCUUGAUGGAAUGGACUUUUUUGCAGCCGGGAUGGGAUCACUCUAUGCACAUCAAUUGAGACAAGAUUCGAGGACGAAUUCAUAUGCACCGAAGCAAAGUGGUGAGAAUAUGGAAUUGGUGGAAGUUGGUCAUGUGGAAGAAGAAGCAAUGGCUCCUGAAAAACUUGCUGAAGUUGCUAUUAAAGUGCUUUGUGCUGGAAUGUCUGUUGCUAUAAGCUCAUUAGCUGAUUUUGCUUUUGAUUCUGCUGAGGCAUAUAGUGAAGUUGUCAAGCAAUGGGAGAAUGUGAAGGAUCGGAAGGACAAUUCUAGUGAGACUAGAACAUAGUAAUUGCCUCACAUUUUGUGUGGUUAAUUAAUUAGUUUAUUAGGCUUGUUUAGCUAUGUGUUUUUGUUAGUGUAAUUAUUCAUUUAUUAGCUAAUCAAUACAAAGAGAGAUAGCAAGGGUCAUUGCACCCCUUAUUGUUCAAAUCAAUUUUGUUACUUUUUUUUUCUUCAUGUUUAGAUAAACAACUUAAUUAACCGUUUAUGAUAUAAAUGCUUUAGCAUAAGCUAUUUUUAUAGAAAAGAUAAAAUAAA